AUGAACAACAAAAAGCCUCGCCAACGUGUCUCAGCCGCAUGCCAGGGAUGCCGCGUCAAGCGUACAAAGCGUGACCAGCCCUGUGAAUACCCGGCAGCCGAGCAUAACCGCAAGCCGCCAAGCAAGAAUUAUGUCCGCGCUCUGGAAGCCCGCGUCAAGGUUCUAGAAGAAGAGCUCGCCGCCUUGCGCAAUGCUCCAACCUCUGAUCCGAGCCAUGUCGUCCAGGGCACGUCCAGCAGCACGCCCAUGGCACGUGUCUCCGACAUCGAUGUAGACGUCAUCACCGAUACUUUUGGCAGCUUCAACAUUGGAGAUGGCGGCACCAUCUGUUACUUUGGCUCCUGCAGCAACCUCAACUUACUCCGCAGCGGUGUCGUGGGACACAGACACAAACCAUCUUCGCAGGAGAUGCAGCGACAGGCUUAUCAGCACCAUGCCGCCAACGAGCCAAUCGGCCUUGCCAGCGUCUCUCCCGAGCUCCGGGAUCAUCUCCUCGACCUCUUCUGGACCUGGCAGAACUCUUGGCAGCGCAUUGUUCCCCAAGGCCUAUUCCUCCGCGACCUUGCCGCCAAUCCCAACUCCCCAUCAGGCAAAUUCUUUUCUCCAUCCCUCCUAUGUGCUAUCUAUGCGGUUGCUUCGCGUUAUUCUGAUCUUCCUGAGCUGAGGGCGGAUCCCCAUGAUCCCCAAACUGCAGGGGAUACAUUUGCUGCGCAGGCCAAGUUCAUGCUGAUCCAUGAGUGCGAAGCCCCUACCACAUCCACCGUUCAGGCUACCGCUCUUCUCAGCCUACGGGAGGCGGGAGCCGAUAGGGAGGCUGUCGGCUGGAUGUAUUGUGGCAUAGCAGUCAGGAUGGCUAUUAGCCUCGGCCUUCAUCUGGACUGCUUCCACUGUGUCAAAGAUGGUACCAUGAAUGCAGAGGAGGCCGAGGUUCGCUGCAUAACGUGGUGGGGUUGUUACAUUACAGACAAGUAUUUUUAUUCCCUCCGCAAACACGUAUGGUCACUGAUGAUGAGCAGGCUGUGGUACAUUGGGCUGGGCAGACCUUCUAUGAUACGAGAUCGUGAUGUGACCACAAAGAUGCCUUCGACGGAUUGUGAAGAAGAGUAUCUUCCUUGUCCCGAAUCACGUAUAGUCGGCCAUGCAAGGGCUACAUCCCCAGUCUCGCAUAUCGUGAGCAACUCCAUCUACACUUGUAGAUUGUUCAUAAUGGUAGCCGAAGUUCUGGCCACCAUAUAUUCGCCAUUGACAAAGGAUGGCCUGAGCGAUCUUGUCUCAAGUACCCAAGUGCGGCUAAUGAAUUUCUACCAAGGCUUGCCGAGCUACUUGAAAAUAUCCAGGUCUUCUCAAGAUGUUUCUCCGCCACACGUUUACCAGUUGCACUUGGAGUAUCAUACCAUUAUGAUUUUGCUACAUAGGCCGUUUUUGAAGUCUCUCCGAGCGGCGGACGGCACCAUUGAUGGAUUGGACAACACCAGCAUCCACACUUCUGUUUGUCAAACAUCGGCUGGCUGGAUCUCCACCAUUUUCCGUUGCUACAAAGGACAUUACGGUCUUCGCACAAUCCCCAUCACCGCCGUGCACUGUGCAUUCACCGCCGCAAUUUGUUUCCUCGCAGCAGCUACGUCGAGUGACACGGAUAUUCAAGGCAAGGCAAUGCAGGGCUUGAAGUGCUUGUAUCAAUGCUUGGAAGACAUGGAAUCCACGUGCAGCUGGAGCACGCGGCCCAUUCUUGCCGUAAGAAAUCUCGCCCGGGCGUGGAAGGUUGAUCUGUCACGGUUCAGCUCCGAGAGGCCCGAGGAAGCAAUCCCGCCGGUCUCGGUUCCUACCGGGGACACGAUGCCGACCUUUGGUAGUGCCGCGCCGGGCCUCGAGGGCUCGAUGGACGAGUUAUUCCAAAUGGACCGGCUUUUUGAGCCCUUUUUAGACUUUGGACAAGACACGACGCCAUCGACACUGGACUGGCGGUCCAUGUUUCCGUUUACGCAGUCAGAAGGAGCCGGGGAAAGUUAUGGGGAUGAGCUGCAUUAA